AGCAAAUCUGCACCUUCUCAUGAGCCUCCUCGGGCUAUGGAGCUGCUGCUCCUUUUUGCCCUGCCGCUGGCAAGUGGCUUGAACAUCGAAGCCGGCUUUGUGUGCACGUCCUCGAGCAACGAGUACGCCUGCUCCUUCGCCUUGGAUCGAAACCUCUCCAGCGCUUGGGCCUCCGCGGGACCAGCGCCGCAAUGGCUGGAAGCGCGGAUCGCAGAUGGCACCUACGCCACGCUGGGGUCCUACGCCUUGAGCGCCAUCCUGGGGCGAGCAGAUCUGGCGCCCACGGCAUGGCGCCUGGAGGGCAUCGAGCCCAACAGCCCUAGCCGCCAGCUGCUGGACCAGGUGAGUGGCGUGACCUGGAGUGAGGGCAGCACUCAGGUGCGAGAGCUGGCAGGCCUCAGCAGUUGGAGAAGCUACCAGCUCACUCUACUGGAGGGUACAGGCACACAGGUGGGCAUCGCGGAGCUUCAACUGCUGCCGAAGUUGGACUACGCCUAUGACGUCUCCGACUGGGAGCCCUGCUCAGUGACCUGCGGUGGCGGCACGCAGACCCGCACCGUGGAUUGCAAGGGCAGCGAUGGCGUGAGCUACAGCGACAUUCGCUGCUCCACGGACCCGGCGCCGGCGAGGUCUAGGGCCUGUGGCACCUCCAUCUGCGCAUGCCAGGGCGGGUUGGCCUGCAGCGCCCUCUGCAGCUCUUCGAGCGCCAACAACGCGGACCUCACCUGCGGGGUGUUGGUGGACGGCUCCUCCCUGUCCGCUUGGACCUCCGCGGGCCCACCGCUGCAAUGGCUGGAAUGGGACCUGGGCCAGGCGCGGCAGGUGGUGGAGUUCUCCAUCACCGCCGGGGAGUGCACAGCCUGCACCACCCAGGAGGGGCCCGCCAUGGUCUCCCUGCAGGCGACCAACGCGGCGACCUCGGCCCAGCGUUCCUGGCUGGAGAUCCGGCCAGAGUUCAGUGUGGGGCCCGUGUGGGCCUCCGGAGAGACCCGGAGGUUCAGCUUGCCAGAGGGUGGCACCUUCAACUUCCAGUACUGGCGCCUGAACUUCCAUCAGACCUUUGGCGGUGCCGCCUACCAGGUCCAUGUGUCGGAGGUUGGUCUCUACGCGCCCGCCACGUCCUAUCGCCUGGCGGUGGGCGCCUGGGGCGCCUGUGGGGCGGUGGGGGGCUCCGGCGCCUGCGGCGCCGGCCUCGUGCGGCGGGAGGUGCACUGCUUCGACGUCGAGGACUACGUGGUGAAUUUGGAGAACUGCGAGGAGGGCACCAGCACCAGCACGGAGCAGAGCUGCGUGCUGGACUGCCCUCAGCUGGUGGUGGCCUCCGCUGUGGCCCAUGCCAACUUCUUCGGGAUUCUGAGGGUGCAGCUCACGGCGCAGUGGCGGGCCAAGGUCCUGUGCGCGGCAUAUGAGGUCCCGAUGGCGGACAACAGCCCCAGUGCAAGUGCUGUGGACAAUGCCCUCUACACCGGCAUCGGCUUUGCCGACGGCAGCAACGGCACCUGUGACGUCGAAGGAAUCCUGGUCAGCAGGUUUGCCGGCGAGGAGUUCGAGGUGCGAUGCAAAGUGGUGGGCGGCGACCAGGUGUUUGGCCAAGGCCGAAGAGCUGUGCUGCGGCCGGUGCCAUUGCUGAUGGGGUGCUAUGCCGACUUUGACAACGACCGCGACCUUCCGGAGGAUCAAGGCGUCCAAACGCAGGUUUCCUGUGCAGACUCCUGCUUUGGGUCGGAGUACUUCGGUCUCCAGCUGCGUGGUCGCUGUCAUUGCGGGGAUAGCUAUGGCCGCCAUGGGGUGAAGAGUCCCAACUACACCGCCGGGCUGACAGGCUGCGAUUGCAAUGGGCCCUACUACGCCUACCAGGCCAACUGCGUCUGGCAGCAGACGGGCGGCCGCUUCGGUGAUGAGACCAUGCUUCCCCUGCGCCUGAGCUCUGUGACGGCGGAUUCAGCCGAGAUGCUGGCAGAUGUAGAGCGAGAUGCGCGGCUACGAUGCAACGUCACGGCCGCGGAUAUCUCAAAGGCCCCCAGCACCUCAGCGACCUGCACGGCCUCGGGCUGCAAGUUGGCCAUGGGGAACCUGGAGCCCUCCACCACCUACACCGUGCAUUGCGAGGCGGAGGCGGACGCGCUGCACCGCGCGAAGCGGCUGAUGACGCUGCUGGUGCGGACCUUGGACCCUGAGGUUCUGCCCGUCACCAUGACACCCACCCGGGCGCCUGUGGACCUCUCCGAGCCGGACUACGUGUUGUCCACCAGCGAGGGCCCCUUAGAGCGGCUGCCGCACGGGUUGAUGCCCGGCUGGAUUUGGGCUCCGGCGCUGGUCUUCGCGUUCGCCGGGGUGUGCCUCACCUCCAAGAUCUUCGGCCAGGGGAAGAAUUCCUUGGUCCUGGAGUCCUUGGAGCUGCCGCACACCUUCUGGCUCAUUUGGGAGCUGCUUGUGGCGGCUGAUCUGUCCUUGGGCACGGGCUUCCUUCUGAUCCUCCUGCUGCAGCGCUUCGAGCGAGAGGCGCCCUAUUGGGACGACCUCAGCAGCCUCCAGGCAUGUGCGCUGAUGUCUGUGGCUGCUCUGCACGUAGCGGGCUUCCUCAGCUUCGGGCUGCUGCCCGCUUUUGCCCGGUGCAUGGCCUACCAGGUGUCAAAGCAGCGGGCGGGGAACAACUGGACGCUGCAUCGUUACAAGAACCUGCAGCACCGCACUGGGGCUUCCAAGCGGAAGCGCUUUGUGGGUAGCUCGCAGCUGCCACCGGAGCUGGAUGAGGAACAGAACGCCUCUCCACUGCACUACCUGCCCUUUGUCUCCCUGUGGGCCAUUUGCAAAGCCAGCGAGCAGGACAUUGAGCUCAUGGUGCCCUACAAAGUGGGCCUCAACCUUUGCCACCUCUUCGGCAGUCUGUUCCAAGCCUUCUGCUGCGCCUUUUACAUGUCUCACGACUGGCCGAUCGCUGCCUCCUUAGGAGUCGGAAUCGCCUGCAUUUGCAUGACCCUUUUCAUGGGCAUUUGCUUGGCUCUGGCGCUUAUGCGCGCCCUCCAGGUGAGCCAAGAGGUCCUUGUACAGCAAGCCUCCCUCCGCAGCGCCGCCAACGCCGCGCGCGUGAACGCCGGCGCCUCCGGCGCGGAGGCAAAGCUUCCAGCGCCGCCGCGUGUGGGGCUGAAGGGUGGGCCCAAGGGCGCAGCGGUGGGCAAACCGCGAAGAACCUGAGACACGAG